GGAAGAUAAACCAUAGAGAUAGAAUGCUCGGAACGACUGCAUUGUAAUACGGGCAUGGCUGGAGGUUAGGUUUUCUGUGGUGGGGAGUUGCUGUAUAAAAUAUGCACUGUUGUCGACUUUGAUAAUAUGUAUAAGGUGCAGUAGCCCUUGUUGCUUAUCAUGUCAUGAAACACAUUCACAUUUCUUUAUCAAAUUUAGCAGUAAUCGUUUGUCACAUUGAAGCUUCAGCCUGCAGUGAAUCAUCGAAUAACCGACACCCGGAACGAGACUAAUUUCCAUCAAUCCCAUGAUCCUAGUUGCAGAAGGCAGGCGCCAUAUUGCCAGGAUCAGUAAGUUAUUUGUGAGUGUGUAAAUAAGUGUGUGCUGUUUACUGUGUAGGUAUCGAAAAUACAGUGUUCCUGAAUUUAUAGUUGUAUGUUGAAGUGCUAUGGAUUAUGUGGGUGUUGUCGUUGUUCCGAGUAGGUGACAUUUGGAGGAGUAAAUUUGCUCCUCGACCGAGAUUAUUUUCGGGAGUAGGUCCCAUUUGGAGAGUCUAACAUGGCUGAUAAUUUAAGUCAAAAAUCAAGCAAAUCUAGCGAGAAAACUAAAUAUAGCAACGCAGUUAACCGUACGACUAGUGAAACAAUGCGUCUGGGGGAAACUGAGAAAUCAGUGAUCCAUCCUACGUCUCUCAUAUCGUCUACACCUAAUCAGAGAAAGAAGACACCAUCUUUUCAAAUAACAAGUGUGACUGUUGGUUCUCGUACUAGCAACGACGGAGGUGAUGAUUCGGCAGAUGAUUUGGACGAAUCUCACACAGAUGAUAUGUCUGAUGUUGUAGACAAUUCUAGAAUUACUGAUGUAGAAAAUGAAACUCCCAGUUAUUCAGAAGAUACUUUUUCUAAAGAGGAUGUGUUUUUCAACGCCUCUACAUCUCUUGGAACAGCUCCUGUAAUUCCGACCAGUUCUCAGUACGGCCUUGCAAUAGUUGCCUCAGAAGGAGGAAGUAAUAUCAUCAAUGCUGCAGUUGCUUGUGCAAACACCGUUUCAGGUGGUGAAGUUCAUGUAAGUGUGACUGAUGCAGGAAACGUUAUUAACAUUGUUGGUAGUGUUAAACCUCAUGAAACAGAGAUGAGGGACGUUCAUUCUCAUCAUGCAGGGCGUAACGAGCGCUUCAAAGUAGUGAAAAUAGAGAGCACAGAACCUUUCAAACGUGGAAGAUGGUUGUGCAUGGACUACCUGGAUCAUACAAUGCUUCAGCAACAGUCAUCACAGCAGGCAGUGAUUAAUGUGGUCAGAUCCAAUGACUCAAGUGACACAACCACAGCAGGGUCAGUUCAGUAUGUGGGUACAGAUAGUGGUGUUGUCCUCACUGAUGGGCCUAUGACUCUUCAAAGUAUGGAUGAUUCAAUCAUAACUGUUGACCAGCAGCAACUAAAGUCUUCUGCUGUGACAAUACAAGAACAGCAUCAGGCUAUGGUUGCUGCUCAGCACCAGGUGACUAUGGCGGGUCUUGCAGCUGGUCAGAGUGCGACUGGGCCCAGUAAUUUCCCUUCUGUUUCACCAGGACAGACCUUACAGCAGGUUCAACAGUCUGGAACAGUUCAGCCAUCUCAGCAACAUGUGUCGGUUGUAACAUCACAGACACAUCAAGGCCUACAGCAGCAGCAGCAACAACAACAACAACAACAACCUUCAGUGCAGCAAGCAUUGUCACAGUCACUUCCGCAGACGAUGCAGCAAGUUGUCAGUCAGCAGCAGAUGCAGCAACAGAAUCAGCAGCAGUCACAGGGCAUAUCUGCAGCACAGGUGUUGCAGCAGCAGCAGCAGCAUCAUGCACAGAGCAUGUCACAGGUUUCUGUUCAGCAGACUGUGCCAACUGGAGCACCACAACAACCACAGUCUGUGGCACAGCAUCAGAGCUUACCACCACAACAAAUACAGCAAGUAAUGGCUACUGCAAAUUUGCAACAAAUGCAGCAACAACAAAACUUGAUGUCACAACAACCCCAGCAGCCUUUUCCACCACAACAGAACUCACAGCUCCAACAACCACAACAGCAGCAGAAUGUGGGACAACAAGUGUCUUCACAAUCAAUUUCACAAGGAAUGGUACCUAACCAGCAACCACAAUCUCAACAGAAACAUAUCAUAUCUCAGCAAGGACAGUCGCAAGGACAAUACUACAACAUACCUUCCUCCACACAAGUCGGGAAUGCCCCAAUUUCGCAAGGACAGUCUGGCAUCCAAAUGGUAUCACAGCAGCCCCUUACUUCCAUCACUGCUCAAACACAAACAAUUCAGACUUCCACACCAAGUCAGAUACCAUCUGGAAUAACUACUACUCAGUCACAGCAACCACAGGCAGUAACCUCCAUGCCAUUGCAGACUGUGGCACAUCACCAGAUCCAACCAAUCACUUCACAGAAUCAAUCAAUGCAUCCUCUUGGCCAGGCUUCGAUAUCACAGCAGUUACCACCACAAAGUUCCCAACAGCAUAAUAUUCAGCAACAAAUCCAACAACAACAACAACAACAACAACAACAGCAGCAGCAGCAGCAGCAAUAUGCGCAGCAGCCAUUACCGCAGUUGCAACCUCAGCCACAACAAACAAUGCAGCAUCCACAACAAACAAUGUCACAACAAGCAGUACAACAACCACAGCAAGUUCUGCAGCAGCCACAACAAUCAAUACAGCAACCACAACAAACUCUGCAACAGCCACAACAGUCAAUGCAACAACCGCAUCAAGGAAUACCAGCACAAGUGAUGCAGCAGUCACAACAGGGAAUGCCACAACAAGCUAUGCAACAUCCACAACAAGCAAUGCCACAAGUUAUGCAGCAGCCUCAGCAGACAGUGCCACAACAAACAAUGUCACAAGUUAUUCAGCAGUCACAGAAAUCAGUACCACAGCAAGUAAUGCAACAGCAACAACCACAACAAGCAAUGCAGCCACAAGUGUUGCCACAACCACCACAAGGAAUGCAACAACAGAUGCAUCAUUCUGCAAACUUGCAAAAUAUCCAACAGCAGAUUCAUGUGGGGACUGUCCCUGGCGUUGCACAGCAACCGACUCCAACGUCGAUGCCAGCCAUGGUGCAAGGACAGGGCAUGAUACCAGCAACACAAGGUCAGAGUUUAAUAACUGGGCAUCAGAUUGCAGUGGCUGGUGGGCAGCAGGUUCCACAGCAAGUGCCACAGAUGGUAUCUGUAUCUAGUGCAGUGUCUAAUAUUGCAGGCACUUCUCAGACAUUUUCUCAUAUGCCAGUGAGUCAAGCCCCCAUUCAGACUUUUUCAACACAGGGAACGACUACAGUGGCAUCACGGACCGUACCAAGUUGUGUAGGGACAGGUUCAGUGAGUGUUGGUUUGGAUGGAACAGUAGAUCAAAGUGCAGGAUUAGGGACUGUAAAUGCUAUUGGUGGUGACCCAUCCGUGGCAUUACUUGAGUCGUUGGUGGAGGUGACAGCAAACGCAGAGGAAAUUCAGCUGGGAGGUGUAACAGCUGGUGAGGAUGCAGAAAGUUUCACUGGGCUCGCCCGUGCACUCGCAUCCUCGAGCAGGCACAUUUGCUGCCCCCGGGAGCCAAGUGCUUCAGAGGACACCUCACCCGGUGUCUGUGCCCCGCAGGGACCUGUCCCUGUGGGUCCUAGUCGGGCCACAUCGCCUGAGAAACACAGUGCGUCAGGGACGAGUGCUGUUGCUAUUGACAACAAGAUCGAGCAAGCCAUGGAUCUUGUCAAGAGCCACCUCAUGUUUGCUGUCCGGGAAGAAGUUGAAGUCCUCAAGGAAAAGAUUGCAGAGCUGAUGGAUAGGAUCAAUCAGUUGGAGCUGGAGAACACCAUCCUCAAGGCUCAUGCAUCUCAGGAGACUCUGGCACAACUAGGUGGCAGCACUACACAGCAGGGCAGCAAGAAUCAACAGUCACAGCAGCCACCAAAUGGUUCCAUGUCAUAACUUUGUUCCCAUUACCUGCCCAAUUAUCUGGGUGUGAGAUUAUUUUACAAUGGACUGUGAAGGAUAAAAGCUGGUUGCAUUAGAAUCAGAAGGAAUUACAGCAGUAUUAUCAAGAUUUCACGUACUUCUGGCAUAAUCUACAAGCGAUUCUUUACCACACAAUUCAUGCCCUGAACAGAAAUUGUCAUAGAGACGUCUGAAGUCAGUGCUUGGCUCUUUCUUGGAACUGCAAAUGCUGAAGAAGUCGCUUUUGAAAAGCACAGUGUUUUGCAUAGGUCUAGUCCUGAUUGCCAUAAUAUUGUGUGGGUACUGUCAUGAAAGCUUCAUAAUGACAAUCUACAACAUAACAGUUAUCUUGUAAGUUAUUUUUUGUUGGUAUCAUGUAAUUUCAUGUUAUCCCUGUUACUGCCCAGCCUGUCGGGCUGUUUUGUAAACAUUUAGUAACAUUUACAGGGAAUAACAAUAUAAAAAUGCAUAGAUCUUGCUGCAUGGUUGUGCCGUGUCUUUACACGCAUCAGAUGACCAGCCUCUGAAAAACAGCCUGUUCAGAUUUUGAUUCAGUGGUGGAGAAAGUUUUUAUUCCUUUUAUGUUGUAUUCAGACAUCCUACGUGUACCCACACAAUGACACUUUCUCUGCGAAUCUGUGGAGACUGAAAAACUGUUAGUUUUUGAAUGUAAAUUUAACAGUUGCCAGGAAUGUUUGUAGUGAAUGAAGCUGUCAUGAUUUAGUAUGCUUUUUUUAAGAAUACAAAUCUCUGGACAUAUCAUGAUUGCCAUAUUUAUUUUUUAACUGCUAAGCAUGUGUCGAUCAGAUUGUAGGAAUUGCUCGUAUGACCGAAUUGUCACUAAGACUUUCUCUUUGCUAUGAAACAUCGUCAUUUUACCUAUAAAUGAGCUGUCUUGGAAAACAUGUUUUUGCUGUUAGCCCAUAUAUUAUACAAAUUAAAAUCACUUUGAGAUAGGUUAAAACAGUUUUCUUGAUAGAUGUUGGGUGAAAAUGAAAAAUUUGAUUGUUGGUAAAUGGAACUUUUGCUUCAUGCCUGUUUUUCAUUAUAUGCGGUUUACUUCGAGCAUAAUCUAAUAACAUAAUUCUGAUGAUGCAGCUAUGAAACUAUGCAAAAAUGAGUUGUCCAUAAGAGAACAAAUGAUAAGACUCUGUAAAAUGGUUGUAAAGGAAUAGCACUGGUUUUAAAUGCGUAAUUUCUGCUCCAAAAAUGUAAUUGUUGGAGUACUUGAAACAUGAAUCUGUUGGUAGUUCAGCUGUCAGUUUACUGUUAUAGCCUAAGCAGAUUGUUGUUGUUUAAUCUUUCAAGAUCUCAUUCAUUGAAUUAUUGCCCUUUGUACCUUAAGUGCUUUUAGCUGUCUGAUGUUGGUCUGUACUUCCUCAGAAAUCUUGUACCAAGACAUAGGGUGCCUCAAUUUUAACCCUCAUACCAACAAGCUGAGUGCUAUGUGCUGUGCAAGAAUUGACUAUCAGCUACAAUAGAGACCUCUAUAUAGUCUAUGAAGCAGAACUGUUGAGAACCAUUCUGUGUGGUUAUGCCAUCUCUUAAUAUACAUGUAAACUACAUUCAAUACAUUGUGGCUUCUAAGCAUUUGCCAGAUUGAGAGUUGAUCAAACAUUGACAGCUAACAAUAAUGUCUUGUUUAUUGGUUAUGACAGAGUGAAGUUAAUGUUCUAUUGCGGUACUGGAAUUUCCUGUGUUGUGUUGCUGUGCCAUUAUAUAUUUCCAAGACCAAGAAAAGAAUCUGUGUUACUAAUGCAGCUUGCCUACUGAAGAUGUAGAGAUGUUUUUGAAAUAAGUUCACUUUUCAAGGUUUCAGAUGUAGAGUGUACUGGGUGUUUAUGCAAUAAUGCAAUUUAUGGAUGACCCAUUUUAACAGAAUAUCAGAGUUUAUUCAGUAUUUUUGCUUUCCCCUUCCUAAUGUUACUGGUCGAAAGAGACAUGGGGAAAAAGUCCAUAUGGCUGUGCUAUUUGAAAAUAAUGUUAGUUUUUUUAAAUAUAAAUAUGUAUAUAUUUACUUCAUAAUAAGUUUACCUGCUUGUAAUUAUAUCAAAUGCAUAAAGACUUUUGACUAAUAUGCCUCUAAACUUUCUGGUUGGUGCUUUCUUUUCUUCAUACAUAACUACAGGACAGUUCCUUCAACCCUUUCCACUCCAGAAUCUGCAAACUGGCCAUUUUACAUAGUAACAAAGAGAAGAGAGUUUGUAUCUGCACUAACGUGUGACAGAAAACUGUGUCAUUGCAGGGGUGGAGAGGCAAUAUGAAAUAAAAUGCUUUCUGUUGUAAUGUUUACAUCAGAACAAAACUGAAUAUUUUUUUAAAUACAAGUUCAGUAUAAUACAAUUGUUGCUAAAACAAGACAAUAAGCAACAAUGAAGGAUGAAAAUGUACCACUGUUUUCUCUUCCCUCCUUAUGGCUGACACAUAUUUAUGCUCCUGCAUCAAUCAAAAUAUUGAAAUGUUGUCUGCAAGAAGAGUGAUAAUUUCCGGGGUGAAUGUGUGAAUGAGAACUUCGGUACUGGAUUGACUUGAAAGUGCAUGAGGGAUGCCGCAAGUUUCACAUUGUCGCUAUUCGCUAGUAGCAGAACUAAUUGCUACUAAUUAAGCUUUGUCUCCAUGUGUGUUAACAUUGAGCAGCUUGAGGUUACAACUGGACCGGUUUUGGAUGCUGUUAAUGCAUAACAAAACAUAUAUCUAGAAUUGUGGCUUCUGUAUGUCAUACAUUGUGUAGUACAUUAAUUUAUUAAGGAAUAUUUUUCUAACCUCAUUUAUUUCUAGUAGACUGUGCCAAAAGGAAAGAUUUGACUUCACAGAUACCAAACUGAAAUUGUUGGUUAGUUCUGUCACUCAAGUGGAAUUUGUAACAUGUAUUUUCCUUGUCAGCAGACUUAAGAUCAAGCUUUUUUACCAUACAGGAAAAGGAAUGUAGAGUAAUAUAUUUUACAACAUGGAAGUGGAAUGGUCACUUGGUAGAUGAAACCGCCAGCUGUGUGUGUAUAUAUAUAUAUAUAUAUAUGUACGUGCGUAUGUAUGUACAUGCGUUUACCUGUUAACUGUACAUUGUUUAUAGGAUGAAUAUUUUAUUGGCAGCCUGGUAGACGAAGAGAGAGGAUGUUAUGAUUUCAGAUUUCUUGUGUAUAUAUACAAUGGAAUGGACUGAAAGGAGUUCAUAUGAACAAGCUUACUUUAUGUGCUUUGUAAAGCAAAGAGUGGCUUAGGACAUGGUGGUUCCUUAUUCGUAUAUGUAUAAGGAAAUAAAAUCAUUAUUUGAUUGAG